AUGGCAGACACUGAGACCUCAGAAACACUUAUUUCUGAAGGUCCACAAGAAGCCUCGCAGGAUAACAAGGAUAUCGAGGAACAGAGGAUUGUGCAAGAGCAGAGAGCUUUGUCUGCCGAGAACCUGGCGCAUAAUCGUCGCAAUAUUAUCCCGAUAAUGAUUGGAUUGGCCUUUGUUAUCUUCUUGGCUGCAUUGGAUGGUACUAUAGUCACUACUUGCCUCCCUGUAAUUGCCUCAGAUCUCGUUGGUACUUCCUUCCAGUUAACGUCAAUGGCAACGCUUCCAAUUAUUUCCAAGCUCAGCGAUAUUUUCGGGCGUCGAAAUUCGCUCUUCGCAUCAAUUGGCAUCUUCUUGGUUGGAUCUGCUCUUUGUGGUGCAUCUGUGAAUAUGAUCAUGUUGAUCUUCUUUCGAGCUGUACAAGGAAUUGGGGCAGGAGGCCUGAUGACUCUUACGUUUAUCAUCAUAUCCGAGUUGGUUAGCCCUAGGGAACGUGGGAAAUACCAAGGACUUCUAUCGGGUGCUUCCACAAUGGCCUUGUUGCUGGGUCCUGCAACAGGUGGACUCUUUACCGACUAUGUCAGUUGGAGAUGGGGCUUUUACAUCAACUGCGUAGUGGGAUUAAUACCAAUCUCAUUGUUGAGCAUGUACUUGAGACUGCCUACUCCAAAGGGCUCUUCAGCUGAGAAAUUGAAGCGUAUCGAUUACUUGGGAUCCCUUGUCCUUAUCAUUGCUUGUAUCUUGUUUCUGUUGGCGGUGGCGUGGGGAGGUCACGAAUACGAGUGGACCUCGGGCGUCAUCAUUGGAUGCUUUUUAGGAGGUGCAGUGUUCACGGCUGCGUUUAUUUACGUUGAGAGUAGAGUUGCCGUUGAUCCCAUCAUGCCUCUCUACUUGUUCAAGAAUGCCAAUUUUACCCUGAAUGCGAUAUGUGGAUUCGCCUUUGCAUUCGUCUUUUUUGGAUUUCAAUUUUGCUUUCCUGAAUACUUUCAAGUGGGGCGCUUGACAUCAGCAACCACGUCUGGAAUCAUGGGAUUUGCCAUGGUGAUACCGUUCUUAUUCUCAUCAACAGCAACCGGAUUCCUAAUAACAAAAUACGGACGCUAUGUCGAGUACCCAAAAGUGGGCGCGGCUAUCGCGGUGGUGGCCCUCAUUUUGGUCGCAAGAUGGGACGUGAAUACGUCUCUUGGAGAACAAAUUGGGUCUUUCAUCCUCUUUGGUCUUGGUGCCGGGUUGUUCAAGGCACCACAGUCUCUCAUUGCCCAGACCAGUGCCAAAACAAACGAGAUUGCGGUCGCAACUGCAGCACAGAACUUUGUGCAGACCGUUGGAGCGGUGCUUGGCAUUGCAGUUGUGACUUCUGCGCUAAAUACAGCAUGGCAAGACCGAUUAGCUCAACUCGUCACACAGGAUGGGGUAGCUGCAUCCUCUGACUCACUUUUCAUAAACGGCAACUUUAAUCUGUUUGCCAUCGACUUGCUACCAGCAGACGAGAAAGCAAUUGUAAUUGCUGCCUUCAUAUACGGAUUCCAGAUUUGCAUGUACGUUGCUGCUUCAAUGACGGCAGUUGCUGAAUUCUCUGCCCUAUUUUUAACUCACGUUCCAUUACGGACCAAAGUGGGUGAUCAAAAGGGGCCAACUGAAAGCACAAAGACCGAGACUGAAAUCACGCAGCAUGGUCAAAAGUGA